AGUUCAGUGUCCUCUCUAUUGUUUAUUUUUCAGUUUGUUUUUAUUGAUAUAGAUUUUAUAUUUAUGCUUAAUUUAACAUUUAUUUAUCAUAUUUGCCUACAAAAUAACUUAUUUGAAAAUGAUUGAAUGUUUAGGCUACAACAAGGAAAGCGUAUGAGUGAGGGGGCAAACCUAAUCGGUCGCAGCCAAAAGGGCGCCCGCUUUUGAAAAUCACCGAGCCAUUGUUGUAUUAUGUGUCGUGCAGUUGUCAUUUUUCUCGGUCGUUUAACUAAUAAAAAGCAAAUAACUGUCCGGUCAUGGGUGUCCAAGGUUUAUGGUCCAUCGUCGAGCCGGUUCGGGAGUCCGUGCCAUUGUACAGUUUGAGCGGAAAGACGCUGGCGGUUGACCUCAGUUUGUGGAUCUGUGAGGCCCAGCACGUCCAAGCAAUGAUGGGCAGAGUCACCAAGCCUCAUCUCAGGAAUCUAUUUUUCCGGGUCUCUUCCCUUACUCUCAUGGGAGUGAAGCUUGUCUUCGUCAUGGAGGGAGAGGCCCCGAAACUGAAAGCCGAGACCAUGAGCCAUAGGAAUGCAAACCGAUUUGGAGGGCCCAAAAAAGCUGCUCCCAAACACUCCACAAACACCAGCAGAGGACGCUUUAAGGCCGUGCUCAGAGAGUGUGCAGAGAUGUUGGACUAUCUGGGUGUGCCGUGGGUGACCGCGGCAGGGGAGGCUGAGGCCAUGUGUGCAUACCUGGACUCACAUGGACUUGUGGACGGUUGCAUCACCAACGAUGGAGAUGUCUUCCUGUACGGUGCACGGACCGUCUACAGAAACUUCAAUAUGAACUCUAAAGACCCCCAGGUGGACUGUUACAAGACCUCACGUGUCCAGUCACAGGUGAAUCUCUCCAGAGAGAACCUUGUUGGUCUGGCUAUUCUCCUCGGAUGUGAUUAUAUUCCCAAGGGAAUCCCCUGUGUUGGUAAGGAGCAAGCGCUGAGGCUGAUCCAGACACUGAAAGGACAAACACUUCUGCAGAGGUUCACGCAGUGGAAGGAUGAGGUGACAUGUGUGUCUCAAGGAGUUGUGAAGAAGGUUCCUCAUUGCCACUUAUGUCAACAUCCCGGCUCGGCCAAGGCACACGAACGCAGCGGUUGUACGCUUUGUGACAGUCAACGAUUCUGCCAACCUCAGGAUUUUGACUACCAGUGCCCAUGUGACUGGCACCGCUGCGAACGCACUCGCCAAGCACAGUCUGUCGAGACAAAUAUAAAAAGGAAAACCCUGGCAAGUCAACACUUCCCAUUUACUGAGAUUAUCAACGAGUUUUUGAUUUCCAAGGAUAAACCUGUUGCAAACUUCAAGAGGAGACAGCCAAAUAUGCUUUUAAUGCAGAAAUUUGCACAUGACAAGAUGGAGUGGCCAAAGCACUACACCAGUGAAAAGGUUUUGGUCCUGAUGACUUAUGCAGUGCUGAUAAACAGGACAUGUGGGAGAUCAAUGUCAUCACAAAUCAAGCCUAUUCGAAUAGCGAAACCACGCGUGAGAAACUCAGUGUCUUGCUUCGAAGUCAUCUGGACAACACCAGAUCAUUACGUGUUUCCUGAGGAUCACCCUGUGGAGGAUCAGCAUGAGGUGAGGUCGGUGGAGGAGGAGUCCCUCUUUAGUGUGGCCUUCCCGGAGGUGGUGGAGAGCUACCUGAGGGACAAAGCUUUGGCUGAAGCAAACAAGACAGAAAAGCGGAAACCAAAGAGCAAAAAGGACAAGCCCUCUGGAUCUGAGGAGAUUUUGGACCUUGUGGCAAAAUUGAGCCUUCAAAGCGUCUCUCCAGAAAAGGCAAGGGCACAGACAGAAGAAAGAAAAACACCGCCUGGUAUGACUCCAAACAUACCCGAAGUGGUGGUUUUGGACUCGGCUGUAAGCCGUAAACCACAUGAUGAUUCGCCCAGUACGCCUCAGGCUACCCUUUCGCCGUCUGUCUCCGCCGUUAUUGACGCUCUCCAACUUAGUGACAUCAACUGGGAUGCUUUGUCCUUCACAUCCACUCCGCCUCCUCAACCGCCUAAAGCCACGUGUGAUGACGUUAAAGAGAAAACCUCAGAACGUAAACCAGACCGCUGUGUCACCGAGUGUCCUCUCAGGGAGAGGCUACUCAUGAGAAAUGCCGCCGAAACCAAGCAACUAAGCUACCUUGAACACAUUCCCUCACUUAACCCCACUUCAAAACAGAAUGCAGACAGUUCUAAAGAUAGUGAUGGGAGCAAGACAUCUAUGAGCAAAAAAGAGCUGGAAGAAGCUGCCAGAAGACUGACAGGGACAGACAGAAAACCUCCUCACCAGUAUAAAUUUAUCAUGAAACAACAAAGGUGCUAUUCUGAUCCAUGUCAAAGUAACAAAGACAGAAACAUGGCCUCAAAGAAGAGCGUUUGCAUGAGCGUGCCUUCAUCCAGCGACGACAGCGACGUAGAGAACCUGCCGCCCGCACCUCGGAGAACCACAAAGCCCUUACACAAGCCCAAGGGAAGGAUCCAAUUAGAUGUCCCUCUGAAACCUGUCCGUGGACCACUUAAAACCACUAGUAGCAGUAGCCAAUCCUCCAAAUGUCUGCAGAGUUUGGAGAAUGCAAUAAACCCUCAGGUAGAAGCAGCUGUUCCUGAUCUGUUCCCUCCCACCCCCGUGUCCCCGAUCAUCGUGUUAGAUAGCGAUGAUUCCGUCGUUUUUAGUGGGGACAGCCCUCUGCCCUUGGCAGAGAGACUCAGGCUCAAGUUCAAGCAGUGACAAAAGGAGGAUGCAAAAAGAUGGAAGCUGUGUGGAGGAAUUUUUCAUGAAAUGCAUUUCUACAGUUACGAAUCACACCAAACAAUAUCUAGUAAACCUGCAAAAUCAAAUGACAUUCAAUACCACCAAAAAUUUGCCUUCGCAAAGAUGCAUAUGCUUUAAGUAUGUCCUCCAGAUACAUAUGUCAGGAAAUUAGGGGAGAUAAAAAAGCAACAAUAAUCAAUACUUGAUUACUUAAUUGGCACUUAAAUUUAUUUUUCUACUGGAAAUUGAGGGAACACAUGAUAAACGCAACUAUAAUAAUUCUGUAAUUGAGUGGACACAUGAUAAACACAAUUAUAAUAAUUAUGUAAUUGAGGGGACACAUGAUAAACACAACUAUAAUAAUUAUGUAAUUGAGGGGACACAUGAUAAACAGAACUAUAAUAAUUCUGUAAUUGAGGGGACACAUUAUAAAUACAACUAUAAUAAUUCUGUAAUUGAGGGGACACAUGAUAAACACAACUAUAAUAAUUCUGUAAUUGAGGGGACAUAUGAUAAACACAACUAUAAUAAUUCUGUAAUUGAGGGGACACAUUAGAAAUAAAACUAUAAUAAUUCUGUAAUUGAGGGGACAUAUGAUAAACACAACUAUAAUAAUUCUUUAUUUGAGGGGACGCAUGAUAAACAAAAUUAAUAAUAAUUUUGUAAUUGAGGGGACACAUGAUAAAUACAACUGUAAUAAUUCUGUAAUUGAAGGGAAACAUAAUAAACACAACUAUAACUAGUUAUUUAAGCACUGAAAUUAAUUGGUGUAUUUUUUUUACACCUUUAAUUCGUUCAUUUAAAAUAAAUUGUUCAUUAUCUUUUCUUUUUUUUUUUAAUUGGUAUAAAAUACUUCCAACCCCUCAGUUUUGCUUCACAGACUAAACAUUUGAAAAUAAAAUAAUAUUAUAAAAGACAGAUAGUAGAAACAUCUGUCAGUAUGAUGCAGUGCAGAGCCCACAAUAAUAAACAUCUUGUUAUAUUUAUAGCUCUUCGACAGCUGAGCUUUAAUCUUUUCUUCCUUGUAUUGGAUAUCAGAUUGUGCAGCUCACAUACAGUAGUGCCAGGUGAGCCGGAUCCUCCAUUGCCAUUUCAUAACACUUAACAGGCUUCACAUAAUUUUGGCUCCCCAAGAGGACGCUAGGCCAUUUUUUUUUUUUUUUUUUUUACAACUUCUCUGGUAUUGGUCCCCCCUUGAUCAUGAGUGAGGGCUUACACACCUUCUCAGACAUGAAAGGUCUGGCAUGAGGCUGGUGACAGCUGCAUCCUCUUGGCCAAAUUACAACUCGCUGGCGUUAAAUAAGCGUAUUUUUCUUCUAAUAAUAAACACUUAAAGUACUUUGACAAAUAAGCGGUAAUAAAAACACAAAUUAUCACUGACAUGUUAGCUCGCUAUCAGAUUUUGGCGUUUCAGCUAUAACUUUUUUGCGGUUGUUUCUAUAGCCUUAUUUUGCUACACAAAUAAAGAAAAAAUAUUAUCACCAUCAUGUUCUAUUGAAUAUUUUCAUACUGUAUUAAUUUUGUGGUAAGAUAUUGGGAAUAAUAAAACCUCUUCAAAACUGA